GUGGGCCAAAAUACAUAUAUAAAAGGUAGAAGAAGCCAUUGUUCGCGAUAUAAAGAAGUAGUUAGCGAACAUGGCGUCAACAAGCCGUGGAGACGCCCUGGCCCUUCCUAAAGUGCAGUGCCCCAACCACCCAGACGCCAUGCUUGUAGAAGACUACAGAGCAGGGGAUAUGAUCUGCCCCGAGUGUGGCCUUGUAGUUGGUGACAGGGUGAUUGACGUCGGCUCAGAGUGGAGGACCUUCACCAAUGAGAAAGCCACCAAAGACCCGUCUAGAGUGGGCGACGCCCAGAACCCACUCCUCAACGGGGGAGACUUGACCACCAUGAUCAGCAAGGGAACAGGCGCGGCUAGUUUUGACGAGUUCGGCAACUCCAAGUACCAGAACCGGCGGACCAUGAGCAGUUCAGACCGUGCCAUGCUAAACGCCUUCAAAGAGAUUACCACCAUGGCCGACCGGAUCAACCUACCAAGGAACAUCAUAGACCGAACAAAUAACUUAUUUAAGCAAGUGUACGAACAGAAGAGCCUGAAGGGGCGGGCCAACGACGCCAUCGCAUCAGCCUGCCUUUACAUCGCCUGCAGACAAGAGGGCGUGCCUCGGACGUUUAAAGAGAUCUGCGCUGUGUCCCGCAUCUCCAAGAAGGAGAUCGGCCGCUGCUUCAAGCUGAUCCUCAAGGCCCUGGAGACCAGCGUGGACCUCAUCACCACCGGAGACUUCAUGUCCCGCUUCUGCUCCAACCUGGGUCUGCCUAAGCAGGUGCAGAUGGCGGCCACUUACAUCGCCCGGAAGGCCGUGGAGCAGGACCUGGUGCCCGGCAGGAGCCCCAUCUCUGUGGCCGCCGCCGCCAUCUACAUGGCCUCUCAGGCCUCCGCCGAGAAGAAGACCCAGAAAGAGAUUGGAGACAUCGCCGGUGUGGCAGACGUCACAAUCAGACAGUCGUACCGACUCAUCUACCCCCGCGCAGCCGACCUCUUCCCCCCGGACUUCAAAUUCGACACCCCUGUGGACAAACUGCCCCAGCUGUGAAGACCCACUCGCUCCGACGACAUUUUAAAGGUUCUCUUUCUAGUUUUUAUUCUAUUAGAGAUUCCCCCCCCCCCUUGUUAAUUAACUUAAGACUUCAGGCCAUUGUGAAGGCACUUUUUGCUGGAAUACAGACAAGUACAGGACACACAUUCCAAUACUUAAAAAAAAUGAGAUUGCAAACUGUACUUACAGUAUUUCAUUUGAGUGUAUAUAUACUGUAUAUAUAUGUCCAAGUGAGAAAAUGUAAUUGGUGUUUGCAAUAUUAGA